UAUCAAAGCUAUUUAAAAACAUUGCAAUUAAUUCAUGAUAAAUUAAUUAUGCUUUGUCGUGUUGAUGGUGCAGUUGACUUUACAGAAUGGGUGGCUUCUGGAAAGCAAAAAUCAACAAACCAUAUUGAUGAUAUCUUAAAGCUUACUGAUAAAGGUCAAGAGUAUGUUAACCAAAUUCAAGCCG